AUGGCGACGUCUUCGAUGUCAUCGUUGACGUCUUCAUAUCAUACAACGGCGCUGCCUUCCUCCAACUCGGUGGUACCUCCAUUCGACGCGAGAAACCUGGAAAUCAAGACAAAGUCGAUCGAGCAAACCCUUAUUCCACUCGUCACUCAGAUAACCACACUUGUCAACUACAAAGAAUCAUAUCUGACAAGUGGAAAGCCAAAAUCAGAAAGAGCGAUGAGGGCGGCAUUGAAGAUCGGUAGUGCAGUCGAAGCAGCAAUCGAACGAUUUGUAUGUGUUGGAGAAACGAUAGCUGACGAGAAUGCAGAUAUUCAACCAGAGAUGUACGAUGCUUGCACAGAAGCUCGUCUUGCUGGAGCAUCGAUGGCCAACCUGUCUUGUGCAUGUACAGAUGACCCUAAUUCUGUUGUGGAUAAGGCUGUUUUGGUGAGAGCAAGUAGACAACUAUUGAGCAGUGUGACGAGAGUUCUACUUCUGGCGGAUCGAGUUUUAGUCAAACAAGUUUUAAGAGCUGAAGAUAAGAUUGCGUUCUCCCUAUCCCGACUAGAAUCCACGCGAUCUUUCAAUGACUUUGUUAAAGUUUUUGCCGUUUUUGGAGGAGAAAUGGUCGAGUUAGCACAUAGAAGUGGAGAUAGACAACACGAUUUGAAGAGUGAAAAACGGAAAGCUCAAAUGUCGAUUGCCAGAACAUCACUCGAAAGACUUACUAUGCUUCUGUUGACUUCGUCGAAAACAUACUUGAGACAUCCAGAUUGUGAUUCAGCACUUCAGUGUCGAGAUGGAGUAUUCUACCAAAUGAAACUCUCGUUAGAACUAAUUGCAAUCUGUGUCUGUGAUGGUAUUUUGACAACUGAGAAGAAUCGAUACAUUCAAGAUGAACCUGAUAUGCCGAUUGAUAUUGCAUUACAGUUAACUGCCAAUGCUGCAAUUAAACAGCUUACUGAAAUGCUUGAAAUGAUCCGAAUGACAGUACGAGUAGGUGCUGGAGUAAGAGAACGAAUAGUGUCUGCUCUAGAUGCUCUAUGCCAAUUAACACAAGAUUUUACCGAUUCUGCUUACACGCCACAUCAUCAGAGAGAACAAAUUCUUGAUUUCCUAGAAGAAUGUCGAUUUGAAAUGACCAAUCUAAUCCAACCGGAUGAAAACGAACAAUUGGCAGCGAGUGGAUUAGAAGUUACAGUUGAAAGAUUGAACCGAAGAUUGAAAGAUUUGAGUAAACAACUGCAAAUAGUUGCGAUGGAACAGAUAUCGGAAGUUCUGAGAGCAAAUGAAGACCAAGUUCUGUUGUCUUCAAUGAAAGCAUGUGCUGUCUCUGGAGAUAUUGAUGGAGUUGAGAAAUAUAUGCAUAAGUUUAGAGAACAUGCUGAUCACAUGCAAGAGGUUUGUCGACUACUUCAUCAUAUUUCAAUCACUGAUGCACUUCAUGUUCACACUGGACACGUGGAAAGAAAUAUGAGAGCGUUGGCUCCUUUGACGAUACUUGCUGGAAGAACUCUUUGUGUGCAUCCUUCAUCGAGAAUUGCUAGAGAAAAUUUGGAAGUUUUCUGUGAUACUUGGGGACAGGCGGUGAAUGAUCUAUCUCGAGUUGCAAAAGAAUCAGAUGUAGCAGCGAAUGGAAGAGUUGCAGCUGAAAAACAAGCAUAUAUGUCACUUCCAAGACCAGGGGUAAGUAGUGUGAAUAGCCAAUCUUCUUCUGUUUGCCGUCGGAAAAAGCAUGCUGGAAAUUCAUCUGAUUCAUCGAAUGAACUUCUACCGAAUGGAGGAAGACGUCCGAAACAAAUUGGAAUUGCACCGACACGAGUUGUCAGUCAAACGGGAGAUGAAGAGAGUAGCGAUGAGGAAAGAGCUGAUAAACAAGAAAUCGAGGCAUUCCAAUAUCGAAUCAGUCUGAUUAUUGAUGAUUUACAGAGUGAUAAGCAUGGAACAACUCAGAAACCAUCAAAACCCAUCACUCUGGAUGUAGAGGAUCAACAAAAGAUGGCGAAAGUUGGAUUAGAAAUGAAACUUUUGACUUCGGAAGUUGAUGCAGAAGCUGAAAAAUGGGAUGAAUAUGCAGAGAAUGAUAUUGUAAAAAGAGCAAAAGCAAUGUCUUCGAUGGCAUAUAAUAUGUAUCUGUUUACACGAGGAGAUGGUCCAUUGAAAACGACUCAUGACCUGUUUACUCAAGCUGAAUUCUUUGCUGAACAAGCGAAUCAAAUGUAUCGAACUGUUCGAGAAUUCUCAUAUGAAGUUCCUGGGUCCGCUGAGAAAUCAGAUCUUUCGGCGAUUCUUGAGAGAAUUCCAUUGCAUUGUCAACAGUUACAAGUGAUGGUUAAAAGUCCGACAGUUGGAAAAACAGCAACAUUUGGGAAAGUAGAUUCUGUGAUACAAGAGACGAAGAAUUUGAUGAAUGAGAUCGCCAAAUUGGUCACAGCUUCUUUUGUUUGUGCAACAAAGAUGUUCCAGGAUUCCCAACAGGGUACGAAAUCGAGUUUCGCGGAGGUUCUGUCAAUGGGAGGACGGGUGCCGACGGUGAAAGGACUAGUCGCGAAUCGACUGUUUGGCGCCGGACACCAAGUAUCAGACGAGCCGCACCGCCGCCCUCUUCGCACCUUUCCGCCAACAACUCAUCAAGCAUACACCUUUAGGUAG